AUGCAAAUUCCAAAGUGGAAUCAACAAAGGAAAGAUGAAAGAAUUUCCCUUCGAGACUUGAUUGGAUUGAGAGUAAAAGUUCCUGGUUUGGAUUUUCGGCUGUACCAAGAAUCCAGUUUAAGUCAUAUGAAAGAAUUGGUUUCUUCAAAAGAAAUGCUGAAAUUCGAAGCUUUAUUGAGUGAAGAUCAAAAGAAAGCGUCAAAUGAAUAUGGUAUGCAAUACUGUGGCCAAACACUAGCAUUUCUAUGUUUUGUUUUUAAGGUUAAAGAAGUUAGCCAAAUUCUGAUUCGUGGUGGACGAUUGAAUGCUGAGAUUAAUGAAAAUUCAGGCACAUUAAUAUAUUCGGAUUCGCUUUCACUGUUGGAAAAAGCUGACUAUAUUUAUCAAAAUAUGUUUAAAGAGUCUCAUUCAACAUCGUCAUCCUCAUCGGCAUAUUCAAAUACAUCUACAUCUACCAGAGGUACAAGACAAAAGUUUCGUUCCAAACUACUCGCUCAUUGUCAUCAGAAUGGCUCGAGACCAAUGUUAAGAUGUGAACCAUCGAAUAAAGAGUAUCCGGCAGAACAUGUUAGAGCUGGUCAUAUUUUCAAAAAAUCAUUUGGAGAUUCAUUAUUGAACGACUUUUUCAAUUUGAACGAUAUACAUGAACCAAGUAAUGGCAUUCUUAUGUAUGCACCAAUUGAAUAUCAUUUUGACCACGGAAACUUGUGUCUGCUGAAAAAUUCAUGUGACAAUCAUUAUCAUAUUCAAAUUUUAUCUGAUGAACUGAAAAAUAAAUUAAUUAUCGACGAAGCAAAAAAAGUUCUUAAAUCAAGUUAUCACGCACCGUCUGAAACAACAAUGACAUUCAAUGAUUUAGAACAACAACAUGUAGAUCUUCCCGGGAGAUCUAAAAGGUUAGUUUGUUUUCAUGCAUCAUUAGCAAUUAAACGACAUGAAACCAAUCAUGAUCAUUCAAGCAUUAAUAUAAUUGAGUUUUGGUCACCCGAGUCAAUCGAUCGAGUUCAACUUUAUGAACAAAAAGUCAAAGCAUGGUUUGAAUUGAAUGAGAAAGACGAUGGUGGUCCAAUUAAAGAAGACUUAUUUGGAAACGUUGAUGAGGAACAUAAACAAGUGGAUUCAUCAAAUUCUCAUUACGAAGACAAUAUGGAUUCAUAA